UAUAAUAUUUUCUAACGGUUUCCAUGCAAAAAUCAAUAUAACUAUAUAUCCGUUCUUUUUUUCCGUAAUUUGAAAUUUUUUAUAAUAAUUUAUAUUAUAGAAAAAAACAUAUCUUAAAUAUUUUGGUUGAAGUGGAAAACAGAGAAAAGAAUUCAAAGCCAUGAAAGGAAACUAGCACAAAGAUUCAAUGGAUGUUCUUAAUAUUUUCCCUAUAAAUUCACCUUCAUUAUCAACACUUCACUUCACACCUACUUCAUUCUCAAAUCUUUUCACUCUUGAAUUCAGUUAUCCAUUUUCCAUUUUCAGAGCUUUUUCACUUCAACCAACACAAGCCAUUGAUUCUUGUGUUAUGAAGUUGAAAGCUUUGUUCUUUUUGUUGUUUUCAGAUACCCUUUAGCCAAAAGCUCUCACCUUUGUGUUGAAUUUAGAUACCCUUUAUAGUUUCUCUACAAUGGCUUCUACUCCAAACAACUCCUCAAACCCUGCUCCUAUACCUGCUGAAAAUCAUAAUCUCAAUCACCAAAAUAGCCAUAAACGCCGUAGAAAUGAUUGGUCUUCCUCCUCUGGGAACUAUUCCAACUCAAGGUUUGCACCUUUAGCUCCUGCUGCUGCUGCUGAUGUUGAUAUAGCUGCUGCACAUGGUAGUGGCAAUGGUAGUGGAAGAGGUGUAUAUUCGUCUGCGCCGAGAUCUUUAUUGGAUGGCAGAAGAUCAAAGCUGGCUCCUGAGUUUUCUGGCAGGAGGUCCACCAGGUAUGCUGCCAAGAAACAUUCUGGAAUGCCAAGGGCAGCGCGUAAUACACUGCCUCACAGCGAAGCUGCCAAUGAGGUUCUUACUUAUCUCUACAAUGCUGGUAACAUUGUUACUAAUAUAGAUAAUGUUUUGAUUUCAAAUGAACAUAGGCUAUGGGAAAUUGAGGAUUAUAUUUAUAUGCUUAAAGAUUUUGGUAAUACUGGUCACUUAUUGUUAGCUGAGAGGUGUUACAAAUUUAUUAUGAGUAAGUCAAAUGAGAGGGUUGCUAAAGGUAAGUUAACAAGUGCUAUGAUUGGUACUCUUGGUAGGUUAGGGAGGAUUGUUCGAGCUAUAGACUUGUUUGGAAAAUCUAGGAUUGAAGGUUAUGGAAUGACCGUGUAUACGUUUUCGGCCAUGAUUAGUGCGUAUGGCCGAAAUGGGCGCUUCCCUGAUGCGGUAAAUUUGUUCAUGUCUAUGCGUGGCUUGGGCCUUGUGCCCAAUUUGGUUACGUACAAUUCGAUAAUUGAUGCGGGUGCGAAGGGGGAGGUGAGUUUUGAUGUAGUUGUUAAGUAUUAUGAUGAAAUGCUAGCUGCUGGCAUAAUGCCGGAUCGUCUUACAUAUAAUUCACUUCUUUCUGUUUGCGCCUCAAAGGGCAUGUGGGAAAUGGCUCAAAAGUUAUUGAGAGAAAUGGAUGGUAGGCGUAUUGUUCGCGAUGUGGUUACUUAUAACACGUAUUUGGACACGCUAUGUAAAGCCGGACAAAUUGAUUUGGCUAGAAGGGUAUUCGAAGAGAUGUCUUUCAAGUGCGUUUGGCCAACCAUUGUGACGUAUAGCACACUAAUGGAUGGCUAUGCGAAGGCUAACCUCUUGGAAGAUGCCCUACUUCUAUAUGAAGAAAUGAAGCUUCGAUCUGUUUCUCUUGAUAGAGUGUCCUAUAACUCACUGGUCAGCAUCUAUACGAAGCUCGAUAGGUUUGAUGAAGCUGUCAGUAUAUGCAGAGAGAUGGACGGAUGUGGAAUUAAAACUGACGUCGUUACAUACAAUGCUCUGUUGGCCGGGUAUGGUAGGCAUGGUAUGUAUGCUAAAGUUAGAAGACUCUUUGAAGAGAUGAAAGUUCGAAACAUAUAUCCCAAUACACUAACCUACUCUACGAUGGUCGAUGUGUACACUAAAGGUGAAAUGUUUCAGGAAGCGAUGAAUGUUUAUAUAGAGUUCAAGAUGGCAAGAUUGGAGGUUGAUGUUGUCUUUUACACUACAAUCGUAGACGCACUCUGCAAAAAUGGUUUAGUGGAGUCUUCUAUUAUGUUGCUUAUUGCAAUGAUUGAGAAAGGUAUCAGGCCAAAUGUGGUCACAUUCAACUCCAUAAUAGAUGCAUGUCAACCGUUGCUAGCUUUGGAGUAUGGAGUUCAUGGUUCUUCGCAAGCCAUCGAGUAUCCAAAUGAACAAUCAUCUGCAAUGCUUAUUGAUGGUGCUUUUCAGAAUAAUCCCGGGGAGGACCGGAUCUUGAAGAUGUUUCAGCAACUUGCUUCUGAAAAAGCUGGUCAUGUAAAGAAGCUUAGGAAGGGACGACAAGACCUACACUGCAUAUUUUGGCUCUUCCAAAAAAUGCACGAGCUGCACAUUAAACCAAAUGUUGUCACAUUUUCCGCCAUUUUGAAUGUGUGCAGCCGCUGCAAUUCAUAUGAUGAUGCUGCAAAGCUGUUAGACACGCUGCGCUUGUUUGAUAGUCAGGUGUAUGGUGUGACCCAUGGACUGUUGAUGGGUUAUAGGGAACAAGUAUGGUUUACUGCUCAGACUCUAUUCAAUGAAAUCAUGCGAAUGGAUUCUUCAACUGCGUCCGCGUUUUAUAACGCCCUCACAGAUAUGUUGUGGCACUUUGGUCAGAGACGCGGAGCUCAAAUGGUUGCAAUUGAAGGAAAAAACCGAAAUGUGUGGAAAGGCGAAUGGUCAAUUUCUUGCUUGGAUCUGCAUCUGAUGUCUUGUGGUGCUGGCUGUGCUAUGGUUCAUGAUUGGCUGCUCAAUAUGCAUAGGACUUUAUUUCAAGGCUCUGAAUUGCCUAAGAUUGUGAACAUAUUAACUGGUUGGGGAAAACACAGCAAAGUGAUGGGUGAUGGAACUUUGAAAAGAGCUAUUGAAGCACUCCUUAACGGAAUGGGAUCGCCUUUUAGAUUCGCUGAGAAUAAUAUGGGAAGACUUACAUCUUCCGGAGAUCUGGUCGCUACUUGGCUGAGACAACCUGGCAUUAUCAAUAUGCUCGUUCUCUCCGAUGUCCUUAAUCAUUCUCAACCUGCUGGUCCACCACAUGGUUAUCCAGCUUCUGGCUAUUAGAUUGAUAGAAGCUAUGUAGCACCGGUGUCCAUAACGAUUCGGCUAAGAACCUUCACCACAAAUGACGGAUCUUUUGCGAAUAUCAUGGUGCAGCGGGCGAUUGUUCGUUAGUUUAAGAUUCUGCAAUAAUAAAUUAAAAAUAAAGACGCUAAUCACAUUUCAGACUCUUCGGCGAAAGAAGGAUCAAGUUUGGAAGAUAGAUCGGUGAAAGUUGAUCAAUACUUGAACUGUUGAUGUCGUGUUAUUGAGUUAGUGUUGUUUAGUGUGGUCAAAAUGAGUUUUCGAACUUUUAUAGUUUAAUAGUCAGAACUUUACUAUUAAAAGUGAAUAAAUGAGAUAUUGCGAGUUUGAAUCUCAACCUCUACAAUUGAAAUUUAAGACGGUAGAUAAACAAACACUUGAAUUCAAAUAAACCAGUCGUAAAUCAAUUCAUACUGAAAUACAAAACACUAUUAACCAACUCUAAUGACUAUCUCUAUUUCACUCCAAUAAGUCAAAUCACUGCUUUAUCCCAUUUUGAAAAGCACCUCCACUUAAGUGCUUCUAUUGUCCUGAAAUUUUAAAAAUAAUAAAUCAAACAUUAAUAUAACUCACUUUUAAAAUUAGCACUAAAAAUGUAAAACAACCUAAAAUAGAAACAAAAGUAACUAAUGAUAUUCUUAAAAAUAAAUAACUAUAUAUAAAUACUAAUCCAAAUAAUAAAAUCUAAUGCGAUAAAUAAAUCAAGAUUCACCACCUUUCUGAUUAUGUUUAGCUCUCUAGUAACAUCUUCUAUAUUCAUUCUUUCAUUUGGAGAUUCCAUUGAACAAGCAAGUCCAAUUCGAAUAAG